AUAUCGUAAAUUGAUAACUUCGGUGAGUAAUAGCAUUUGCCAUCCAUUCUCAUUAGUUACGACCUAAGGCUGAUUUAAACGUGUCGCCGUGAAAAAUGAUGAAGCCAUUAUUUCAGUCUGGCCAUACUUUACUAGGUAUUGCGGCUUUCUUAGGAAUCUUCCAAGGAUUGGGAUGGACGAUUCUGGCAAUAAUGGGAGUAACGUACCGAUUCGUCGAGGUUCCAAAAUCGGGUAAUACGCUUUUCGCUGUGUUAGAGUCUCUUAUAGGUCAAGCAUUACAGGUUGAUAACCUUGCCGUUCCAAUGCCAGGCAUGGGAUUGUUUGUAGUUGUAAUUAUAUACCUGGUGAUAUCACUAGUCUGGGUUACUCUGUCAACGUUAUUAAUUUUGAGUAUAAGACGAGGUCAGCACGAUAAUCUUAAAAGAGCAACUCUGGCAUGGGGAGUGAUGACUCUGCUGACUUGCGUUUACGACCUGGUAGUAACCGGGCUGUUGGCUUCUAAUUAUGACGCAAUGCUUACCCUGUUUCAUCGUGAUAUUAAAAAAAACUUCACAAUCCUAUAUUCGGUUAUUUUAUAUGGCAUUUUGAUGUCUAUGGCAGCUCGAGGAUAUGUUUUAUGGGUUAUUAAUUUCAUAAUGAGUGUCUUAAUGAUACGAAAUGGAACAAGUAAAGUAAAAGAGAUAGAUGCGGAAAUGUUAUUUGACCCCCCACAGAUAGAAGACUUCCAAGCAGCUAGAGAUAGGAACCUGGGUCAACAUGACCUUUUCAAUAGAGAGGAUCCGAGGAAGAGAAGGAAGACUAGUUCAGACGGGAACAUUACAAAACCUUCGGCACCUCAUUACGUGUAUCCCUACUCAUCAGAAUCGACUGAGAUCCAUAUACCUCGCGUGAAGGUCGAAAUGAGGAGCUCUACUUCAUAUCCCCCGCAAUUAAUUCGAAAUAAGAGUAUAUAUUAGUUCCCUAGAUAUUGCUUUUGUUUUAUAAAACCUGCAAACGUGCAGGAAUUAUCAGUGGCAUAUUAGUAUUAUCUACUUCAAACUGAACGAGCGGAUGUAGUAUAAAUAGAUAGGUAUUAUACAAAAUAAGUACUUAUACAUUUUUACAAGUUCUUGUACUCGUUCUUGUAUUAUGUCGUUUAAGCAAUAAAUAGUUACAUUUGA